CACUUUCGUGUAUUGUCUUAAUGUGUGACCAGUGCUAUGGAGUUCAUUAGUAUAUUAUUUAUUUGUUUGUCAGGAUCUACAUUAGUGAGUGCUCAGUUAUAUGAACUGAAUAUUGUACAUUAUAAUGACUUCCAUGCAAGAUUCGUAGAAACGAGUAUAUCUGGUAACGUAUGCAACCCAUCAGUAUCACCGUGUAUUGGUGGGUUCGCAAGACUCACAACUCUCAUCAGAGAGGCCCUGCAGGAGGAACCAGAUUCCUUAGUGCUGAACGCUGGUGAUAGCUUCCAGGGUACGAUAUGGUAUAACUUGUUGAGAUGGAACGUUACCCAAGACUUCAUGAAUAUGGUACAUCAUGAUGCACACGUACUAGGCAAUCAUGAAUUUGACAAUGGUGUUGAAGGUGUUGUACCAUAUCUUCAGCAUUUAAAUUCUACAGUAGUAACAGCCAACAUUAUCGACGAUGAGGAACCGACUAUCCAAGGAUUAUACCAACCAAGUAUUAUUGUGGAGAAGAAAGGACGCAAAAUUGGUAUUAUAGGAGUCAUAUUAGCUACGACCAGUGAAUUAGCGUCAUCCGGCAGAUUGGUUUUUACGGAUGAAGUAGAAGCAGUUAAAAGGGAGGCGGAGAAACUACACGCACAGGGUAUAGACAUUAUUGUUGUCCUAUCCCACUGUGGGCUUGAAAUUGACAGAGAAAUAGCAAUGCGUGCUGGUCCACAUAUAGAUAUUAUCGUUGGAGGUCAUAGUCACACAUUAUUAAGUAACUUUGAUCCUCCAGAGGGCUCAGAGUUUCCACGACAAGGCCCUUAUCCAGUCAUAGUUGAACAGGAGACAAGAACUGUACUUAUCGUCCAAGCUGCUGCUCACACGGCAUUUUUAGGAGAAAUUAAACUUUAUUUCAAUGAACGAGGUGAUUUGAUGAGCUGGGUCGGUAAUCCUCAUUUCGUUGGAAACGAUGUUGUUCAAGCACCAGAUGUUCUGCAAAAGAUAAAUGAGUACUUGCCAAUUAUAAAUGAAAGAGCCAAUGAACUAAUUGGCGCAUCAAAAGUUCACUUAUCAUCGGAUUGCUCCUGCGCAGAAUGUAACCUUGGAAGUUUUAUUUGCGAUGCUUUUCUUGAUGCUGCUAUUGAUAGAGCUGAAGGUGAAAAAUGGAACUACGCUCAUUUUUGCGUCAUAAAUUCGGGAGGCAUCAGAACUGAUAUUCAACCAGGAAACGUAACGUUCGAGCAUUUACUGCUAUCGACACCUUUUGAGAACAGAGUCGAAGUUUUCGAUUUGAAAGGUCAACAUGUCUUAGAAAUGCUGGAGUACGCUGUUGCGAACGACCCAUGGCCUGGCGCAAGAAUGGUCCAAGUUUCUGGUCUACGUGUAAUAUUUGACAAUUCCCGACCAUUAGGCAAUCGUGUUGCUAAUGUUUCUAUUCGCUGUAUUGAAUGUGAUGUUCCUCGGUACUUACCAUUGGUCCAGGAUCGAUAUUACAAAGUUGUGUCACAAGAUUUCAUAGGAAAUGGUGGAGGUGGAUACACUAUGAUUUCAAAUAACCGUCAGAACAUUGAAGUAAUUGGUGUCGAUUAUGACGUCGUGAUGCAGUACAUGAGACGUCAAGCACCAGUUAUUAAGGACCUGGAUGGACGUGUUCAGAUAUCAGACCCUUGUAUACGUAAUUAGAGUCGAUGUAUUAGAAAACAAAUGUAAGAUUCAGCAACACUCAAGAUUGCUCGACAAUACUAUUCUGCAUAAACUCACUUCG